CUGAGGAGCACAACCUUGUUACGACAUAACAGCUUGAAUUAAAAUCCGGUAUCUUUCAGUCUCCUUUCUCUACAACCACUAUAUCCACUGAUACGAUGCUCCUUGUGUUGCCCGUCGAGCUUAUCGAGGAUGUCAUGACACAACUCGAUAGCCGCACUGACCUCAUACACUUUGGAAUGACUUGCAAGCAGGCUCAUCUGAUCUGCAGACCACAUAUCUUUGCCUGUCUGAAAAUUCGGAUUAGGCAUGAUUAUCGGAAUGACAACAGCAUAUCUCUUCUUAAGAGUCUUACUCGAGGGGAGACAGACCUAGCGAAACUCGUUCGCGAACUAUCCAUCUUAACAAUACUUCCACGUUACUCCCGCUGUUCAGGAUCAGCAGACAUGUAUCACAAGAUGACUCGCACGAAAGCGCGUGCCUUGAGAACAUCAGUCAAGGCUAUUCGUAAUGUAAUCCCCCAAUUCGUGAUCUUAGAGCAUCUCCACUGCGACUUGGACCCCUCAGGCGGUUUCAAGGCCGCUGACGUCGACGCCGUCAUUCGAGCUCUGGCGGUCCUUCCCCGCCUUGUCAGCUUAAGCCUCAAUUUUGGUUACGGCCCGUUUCUCUUAGUUCCCCCAUAUCUCAUCAGAUCCUCGCUGUCGCACUUUAAGAACCUUCACUCCGUAAAGAUAUGGGGCGAGGCCUAUUCCUACGAGAGCGUCAUCGGGCCAUUAGUUGUCAACAAUCCUAAUCUCAUACACCUCGCUAUCUUUGGUAGAAGUUCCGCUCUUGUCACGACCUUUUGCAAGAUUCAGAAAUAUUAUAAACUUCGGCACCUCUCUAUUACGGAUCUCUCUAUUGGAUGCUCCAUCGACGCUACCGUCCCAAAUUUGGUUCCCUACCUUCGCCAUCUUCGCGUCACACCCACCAGUGACUCCUCCUUCAUUCCCACUGAAUUCUGGACAGCUCUUACACAAAGGGGCAUUCUACUGGCUACCUUACUUGUUCACAACGCGACGGAAGCGCUCAUGGAAUACCUCGAGUCGUACUCCGGAUUGGAGGUUCUCUCGUUGUUCCCAGAGGGUGAUGCGCAGGCAGACGCUUUUUAUGGACGUGUUCUUCAACAGCAUGUCCGCACUCUGAGAAAAGUUUCUAUUGAGAUAACGUCGAGAGGGAAAUGGUGUAUUGGUCCGCUUGCCCUCGACACACUGUCCCGUUGCACGAAGCUGGUCGAAUUAAAUAUGCCCAUUUAUAUGCACCACGAAGUUGGUGUCGUGUACAAUCCACAACAUUCCGCGCUGGACCUCCAGCAGUUUCUGGUACUCCUUCCCAACUUGCGACAACUAUAUAUGCGGGGCCCGAAGCCUGUUCACGAGUUUACAAGUAUGUGCAUCCAGAGCGCAAUAAACUACUUUCGUUCGGACAGCCCGUUGGACCUGGUAGUCUCCACCGAUACGUGGAUGUAUAGGUCCAAAACAGAAUACGGUGUUAACGUGCUGCGAUGCGUAGGAGCAUGGAAAGCAGUGCAGUUGCCUUGGGAGUCAUGGUAGCUGAGUCUGUACAUCUCGUAUCUCCAUUCGGAGGGAAGAAAAAUUACGAAGGUUUGAUACGCCUUCCAGGCCGAGAUUUAGUACGCUUUCAUUUUUUCGUACUACCAGUAGCGAAAGGGGAUAUACUUCCGAGAAAAUGUAAGUAUACCGUGCGGCUCCGUUUACAUCUAACGAUACAAUUAAAUCAGACAGGUGAAAAUGGAACAGGCUGAAAGAUCGAUAACGGCGUGCUUUCAAACAAAGUAAAAGUAGUUCCAGUUCGUGUGGUAG